ACGUACACAAAGUUAGUUGUAUUAUAACCUAUUUUAACUGCAUAUUCAAGUUCUAAGUAUGUAUACAAGAUAUUGUAGUUAUUUUUUUUAAUCACUAAAACAAAACUGUUUUGCUUAAUAUUAUUUGAAGAAAUUGUACAAAUUUUGAAAUAUGUCUGAACACAAUGAAGAUACAGAAAAAGAGAAAAAAUCAAAUGAGGAAACAACAAAUAAUUCUUCAAAACAAGAGGAGAUAGAAGAAUCUGAUAUGGAAAAGAUUCGUAAAUAUUUAGCACAGAAGUUGAGACUUUUUGAUUCAUCAAAUAAUAAUGAACAAAACAAUCCACAAAAAGUCCUCCGUGAACUUAGCAUAGAUGGAAUAGUAGAUUAUAUAAAAGAAAAAGAAAAUUGUAAAAUUAUUACUAUGGCUGGAGCUGGUAUCUCUACAUCUGCAGGAAUUCCUGAUUUUCGAUCACCAACAAGUGGUCUUUACCAUAAUUUAGAAAAAUAUAAUCUACCUCAUCCUCAAGCUAUUUUUGAAUUAGAUUUUUUCAUGGAAAAUCCUGAACCAUUUUUUAUGCUUGCAAGAGAAUUGCUACCUGAUGAUGGUUUUAAACCUACACCAUCUCAUUAUUUUAUUCGUCUUUUAUGGGAGAAGGGAUUACUCUUAAGACAUUAUACACAAAAUAUUGAUACAUUAGAAAGAGUUGCUGGUUUACCACCUGAAAAAUUAGUAGAAGCUCAUGGUACAUUUCAUACUGGCCGAUGUCUUAAAUGUAGAGCACCAUAUACUCUUCCAUGGAUGAAAGAAAAAAUUUUUAAAAAUAUUAUACCAAAAUGUGAAGAAUGUAAUGAGGGUAUAGUAAAACCUGACAUAGUAUUUUUUGGAGAAAUGUUACCUGAACGUUUUCAUUAUCUUGCCGAUCGUGAUUUUUUACAAGCAGAUCUUUUGAUAAUUAUGGGAUCAAGUUUGGUUGUUCAACCUUUUGCAUCUCUAGUAGAUAGGGUUCGACCUAAUUGUCCACGUUUACUUAUCAAUAAAGAAAAAGUAGGUACGCAAGAUCGCUUAUCACGACUUCUGGGAUUACGACAUGGUUUGAUGUUUGAUACUCAUUCUAAUGGUGGUCGCGAUGUUGCUUGGUUAGGAGACUGUGAUACUGGUUGUCAGUUAUUAGCUGAUAAACUGAGUUGGGGUGAUGAAUUGAAAGAUCUUAUAAAAAGAGAACAUGAACGUUUAAAUAGAGAAUAAAUCAAUAAUAAUUGAAUCUAAAUGUCUUAUUAUAACAUAUAUUUAGCUUAUAGGUGAUUUGGAAAUUUUAAUUUUAUUGCUAUUUCCUACAAAAAAAAAAUAUUAUAUAGACAAAUAAUAUUUUUCUUCAAAGGAAUUGUAAUAAAAUUGUUUAAAAUGUUAAAAGUUUAUAUAUAUGACGAUAUAGAAAAGUCAUAUUUUUAUGUCUCUGUGCCGUCAUUUUUUAUAAAAAAUUAUUAAAUUAAUGAUGACUAUAAUUUUUGAUAAGACAUAUGAUUUUUUAUGAUAUGAAAUUAAUUCGAU